CGGGGACACGGGAAGCCCCGCCCCUUCCAGCCCCGCCCCGCCCCGCCCCAUCGGACGGAAAGGGCGGGGCCGGGCGUGACGUGGCGGGAUGGCGGAGCUUUACGUGAAGCCGGGGAACCAGGAGCGCGGCUGGAACGACCCCCCUCAGUUCUCCUACGGGCUGCAGGCGCAGGCCGGGGGUCCCAGGCGAACCCUGCUCAGCCGCCGGGCCCCGCCUCCGCCGGCGGGGACCCCCCCAGGCGCCCCUCCAGAGCCGGCCGGUGCCCCCGCGGCGCUGCCCAGCCGAGCGCUGGGGCCGCCCCCGCUCGGGCCGGUCAGCCCCGCCCUGAGCGGGAGGGCGAGCGCUGCAGCGCGCCCCGAGGAGGAGUGCGGCGUGCCUGCUGAUGCCAUCCUCGCCCCGCUGAGGGAGGCCCUCGACGCCUGCUGCCCCUCGGUGCAGAAACAAGUGUGUGAUGACAUCAGGCGGCGGCUGACGGUGCUGGAGGAUGCAUGGACUCAGGGGAAGCUGUCGGCCCCAGUGAGGAAGAGGAUGAGCCUCCUGGUGCAAGAGCUCCAGCAACAGCACUGGGACGCAGCUGACGAGAUCCACCGCUCGCUCAUGGUGGACCAUGUGAACGAGGUGAGCCAGUGGCUGGUGGGUGUCAAGCGCCUGAUCGCCGAGAUAAGGAGCCUGCCUGCUGCAGAGCCAGCUGCGGCAAUGGAGGGCAGCACCAGGCCUGGCCAGGAGGAUCCCUGAUGCCGGGGAUGGGGCUGCAGACUGUGAGCAGGGCAGCCUGUGCCCAGGGCCACUGGCCAGAGAAAGGCCCCCCCACAUGAGGGGGCCUGGGCAUCUCCUCUGCCUCCCAAUCCUCACCCAGGAAAAAGGGAUUUUAAUCGUUGUGACAUUUUAGUGGUGAUUCACUACAUGAUGUUUAAUAAACAGCACUAACUUGCCCCUG